GGGGGAGUUUGGGAGGAAAACAACUCCCAAAGGGCUAAGGUAUUUCAUGAGGGUUGCUGCUGAGUGAUGCUGCAGGCCCAAUUAAGGAGCUCACACCAUUCCCAGGGUGACGGCGACACGCACAAGCAGUGCCCCCGACUGGGGAAAAACGUGCCCGGCCUGGUUGUUAUUCACGCACAAGGAGCUUGCUUCUGCUGCGUUCAAAACUCUGAUCUCCGCAGGGAUGAAAAAAGGACCCGGGGCUCCUUACCAGCACCAAUAUUUACAGAGAGAAGAGCAGUCACACAGCCCGGCCCGGAGCAGCCCCUCCGCUCCAGGAACACCAAAACACGGCUGGCCAAAGGCCACACACAGCUGCUUCUGACAUUCAGAGCGGAUCCCGGGCCGGAUGGAAAAGCCGGGGUAAGCGGCUGGGGCUUCAUCGGACCAGCCGGUUCAGUUAUUACGUCUGCUCUAACCGGCCGCCCAAGGUCUCACGCAGAUUGCUAUUUGAGAUCCUUUGACCCGGAGAUCCUGGAGCCUGGCUCCUUCUGCGUGCAAAGCGACAUGAAGCGAUGGGACAGUGGUGGAACUAUGGGCCUGUCCCCGAAUAGAGGGAACUACCCGAAGAAGCGAAGAUCCAUUAGCCGCGAUGGUUCACUCGGAAGGUCGGAAGCCCUCCCGGGACACAGGUAGGAGAGUUGUUC